AUGUACCACUUCCUUCGGUCCAGUGAGAGCUGGUUAUCAUUGGAGGGUCAACAAAAUGUACUGUUGAUGCACUGCGAAAGGGGAGGAUGGCCUGUGCUUGCAUUUAUUCUUGCUGGUCUUCUGUUGUACCGAAAACAGUAUAGUGGUGAGCAGAAGACUCUUGAAAUGGUAUACAAGCAAGCUCCUAGGCAACUUCUUCAUCUUUUGUCUCCUUUAAAUCCACAACCUUCUCAGCUGAGAUAUCUUCAGUACAUUUCCAGACGGGAUUUGGGUUCAGAUUGGCCACCAUCAGAUACUCCCUUAGAUUUGGAUUGUAUUAUUCUUAGAGUUAUUCCCUUGUUUGACGGAGGAAGGGGUUGCCGACCGGUUGUUCACAUUUAUGGUCAGGACUCUUCUUCUACCACAGCCACUAAAAGUUCAAAGCUUCUGUUUUCGACUUCCAAGACAAAGAAACGUGCUCGCCAUUACCAACAGGAAGAGUGUGAACUAGUGAAAAUAGAUAUUCAUUGUCGUGUUCAAGGGGAUGUUGUUCUUGAGUGCAUCCACUUGGACAAUGACCUAGUAAGGGAGGAAAUGAUGUUCAGAGUUAUGUUCCACACUGCAUUUGUCCGUUCAAAUGUUUUGAUGUUGAAUCGUGAUGAAGUUGAUGUUUUGUGGGGUGCAAAGGACCAGUUUCCAAAGGAGUUCAAAGCAGAGGUUAUCUUUUCGGAUGCUGAUGCAGUUCUACCUAUCAUCACCACAGAAAGUGAAGAUGAGGAUGAAGAAGAAAGUGCUUCCCCUGAAGAAUUUUUUGAGGUCGAGGAGAUCUUCAGUAAUGUAGUAGAUGGGCAGGACAGAAAGGGGAACUUGGAUACUCAUAUAGUUCUUGAGGAGAAUAAUAAAGUAGUUUGGACUGAGGCUUUGGAGCCUCAUGCAUUUGAAGACUGUGCAUCGGAUGAUGGAAAUCACAAACAGGAUGGGGGUUUUUAUUCUAAAUCUAUUUCAGCUGAAGUCAUUGCAUUUGACGAUAGGGAUGAGUCAGGUUCCAUAAUCAUGAUUGCUGAUGUGCCCAGCAGUUUAGAGAGCAAGGUAGUAACUGCAGAUAUGAAUGGCAAGUUAGAAGAGAUGGAGAAUAGACAAGAAAGAGAAGACUCUGCUAUGCAGAAGAACUUAGAAAGGCAGGAUUCACAGCAGAAGUUGAGUGCUCAUAUUAGUGGACACUUAUUCAGGUUUGAUGCUUGAGUGACAAUAAUUGCCAAGCAUGCUGAAGUAUUUCUUCUCUAUUUCUAUGUUACAACCAUAUCAAUGAACUGCUGUGUUAGACUUCCUGCUUAUGUAGAAACUUUGUUCUACCUUAGAAUAUAAAUAAGAGAAAAUAUGAAUGUCUUUACCAAACAUUGCCUCAAAUUAUGGGACAUCUUGAUUCAAAUCCAUACCUGAAAUGCAUGCCAAAGUCCAAAUAUAAAAUUGGUGGUCAACCUCAAACAACCCAGUCUGCUGCACUAUUUUAGAGUAUUUAAUCCACAUAAGCUUAGUUUGAGAGCCCAAGACGAAGUGCACGAUAAGCCCUACAGAAUGAGGAGAUGGGGUAUUUCUAUAGAAGGUAGGUGAGUAAACACCUGUCUUGCACUCAUUGCAAAACAGUUCCAAGGCCCAAUGUCAAGAACACUAAAUGUUUAUCUUCACAUGCUACUAAUGAUAUUCCACAUCAACCAAGCACAUACCUUUAUAUCUAUAUAAUACUUCAGCUAUUGUUAAAUCAUCAGAAAUUCAAUCAAUAGAGACAACAUUUUCACUUAGGGAGAGCCGGUCAAUUCUUGGCUUGGUUGGGGCUAGGGCUGUAGAUCAAGCUUUGUUGCAUGUGAAAAAAUUCAUAUAAGCCCAUUAGGAGCCCUUUUGAGCUUGAUUCUUGUGCAUAAAUUGGUCGAACUUGAACUUGAUUUCAAGAUUGAGUAGAUAGAGAUCAACUCGUAAAAGUUGAAUGUCAUUUUGUUACCAGCUUAAAGGGCUGCUUCCUUAGCUUUUUAGAUGGAGUUAUCAUUAAGAACUAUUUUAUAACAAGUUUGUACUUAAUUCUAAUGAUUCUCCAUUCGAUUUGAUUCACAAUAUGAUUCUCAAUUUGACAACUAUGAAUAAUUUUCAAAAUAAAUAUGGAUUUGCAAAAACAAUUUUACAAUGCAUAAAUAAUAAAUCUACUCAUCAUAAAUUCCAAAAUCAGGUUUAACAUCAAAAGCAACUACCUGAUGUAAUUCUCCUAGAUGCACACUGUUAGACCAUGUUUGAUACACGUUAUAGAGCGGGGAUCCAGAGGGGAGGGGGAUUGUCAAUCGCAUGGAUCCACAUGUUUUUUUCUUGUUUACUAUAACGCAUUUGAUUGGGAAAAAGAAGUGUGAUUGCUAGCACAAUGGUAUUGCUAAUUUCAUAGCCAUGGGAUCAGCCACAUCACUCAAUCUGAUUGUCAAAAAUAAUUCAAUGUUAUAUCCUACCAUAAUCAAACAUAGUACAACUCCCACAAUAUAUAUAAUCUGAAAGUUGUUGCCAAAAUCCAAAGUUAAUAGAAAAUCAAAAGAGGUUCAUUAAUAUAUACUGUUUAACUGUCUACAAAAGUUCAUUCACAUUCCCUUAUGGUGAAACCCAGCAAAAUAAAUUUAAGAGAUGCAUACUAAUGGAAAUGUUUUGCAGCAUACAGCACAAAAAGUAUUUUAACAUGACAAUCACCUAUUCCUUCUUCCUGAUCUCUC